AUUUUCAAUAAUGUCUAAGCAAAAUAAAGGAUAAAAUCAAAAUUAAGAUGGUUUAACAUAAGAAUUGGAUGCUUAAAGAAGAGACCUUAUGAAAGCCAUAUCAACUCAUAAAAAUAUGAAAGAUCGUCUUGAUAGAAUGUAACUUCUUGAAAUAGGAAUUUAGGGAGAAUGAGAGAGAUAAAUUUGGAAAUGAGAAUGUUGAAGUUAAGAGGAAGUUAUCUGAUGAGAAAAAAGAAUUAAUAGAUUUAAUUGAAUUUCAUAAGAAGGAAAAGGAAGAGUUGAGAGAAGAAAAACAAAAAAUAGAAUUUGAGUAUGGAGUGUUAUAAAGAAAAAUGGCUGAUAUUGAUGAAGAUUAUAGUAAGAUUAGGUAUUUAUUGAACUAGAAAAAAUGAUGGAAAAAUAGAGAUAACUUUUUGAGGCAGAUAAAUAACCAUUAUUAGAUAAAAUAAAAUAUUUGGAAGCCAGAUUAGAGAAGAUAGAUAGUUUUCUUUAAACAAAAGCAGAUUUAGAAAAUGAGAAGGCAAAAUUGAUAGAAACCUUAGCAUAAGAAAGAAAAGAUAAAUAGAGAGAAUUGGCAGAUAAAGAGAAAGAGAAAGUUAAGGAAACAGGUAAUCAAAUAAUAAUGUAUUUAUAUAGAUCAAUUAAAGAAAGAAAUGCUUCAUAAAAUACAGGAAACUAAAUCAUCUUUAUUGGCAUUAAAAAAAGAAUAAUUAGAAACAACAACUAGAUUAACAGUGUUAUAAAAUCAUUAAUUGACUACAGAGUUAGAAUAUCAAUCUAAAUAAACAGAAAAAUUAUUAUUUAAAAAUUCAAAGUUAUCAGAAUAAGUAACAAGUUUAAAGAGGGAUAUAGAAAUACAUAAAUAAGUUGAAUAGGAAUUAGCUAAGAGAUCACAUUUCUCUUAGAAACUCAUAAAGAAAUUGACAGCAAAAAUCAAAGAAUUAGAAGAUUAAUAAGAAUAAUAAAAAUUAGAAGAAUAGGAAUUAAAUCCUUAAUAGAAGGAAAUUCCUUAAGAGGCAGAAAAGAUGAAGGAAGCAGAGAUAAUUUAAUUGGAAAAAAAGAUAGCAAAAUUAUAAAAUGAUAAUGAUAUUUUGAGAAAUGAAAACAAUCAUUUACUUACAAGAUUAGAUACAAUUAGAUUUGAGGAGAAUAAGUUUGCUAAUUUAUCAGUAAUUUUAGCAAGUAAUUUGGAAUAUUUAAAAAAUAAUUCGAAUGAAGAUAUGAAGGAAGUAAUAGAUCUACAAGAAUUGUAAAUAAUAUAGUUUAUAAUUCUUUAGACGAGAAAAGAGUGUAAAUGAUUGGACAUCAAAUUAGAAAACAGCAAUAAUGAGUAUACUAUUAAUGUAAGCUUAACAAUAUCUGACGAAAAAGAAUUUAAAUCUCUCAGAUACAAAUUAAAUCAAUAUUAAUAAUACAAUGGCAGAGAAUGUUACCAUAGUGGAUAAUGCAAAUAAAUCAGUUUAAUUACCAAGUAUUUUAUAAAAAUUAAAUGCAAAGAAAUUAAAUAAGAUGAGGAUUAAACAUCUUAAUAAGGUUCAAAGAGAUUUCAAGGUGUUCCUUUGGAUAUUAGUACUUAGAUAGUGAAGAGUAAUUUGAGAGAUUGGGGAAAACCAGCAGCAUCAUAAUAGCAAUCCAAUUAAUUAUCCCGAAAAUAUAAGUUAAAAUGA